AUGUCGUCUCAGGAGUUGCCGGCAGUCCAGAAGAUGGAGCCCCCGUCGUCAGACACUCUCACUCCCAGCUCACCCUCACGACCUGCGCCCGGAGAACAGGUACCACCCCCACCAUCGGAAGCAGAACCCAGCUCCAAUACUUUUCACCACUCAAAUCAGGCAGAGCCGGCGCGAGAGAAUCUCCACAUGACAGCGCUCAGUCUCAAACGCUCAAAUCUAGCCGCCAAGCUUGAGGCGUCACAAGCAGAACGUGAUGUCCUCGUAGCUCAAAGCACUCUCCCUUCAGGCCUUCCAUUUCCUUCAGAUUGGACCGAUGAGCAGAGAGCCAAGCAAGCCCUCGAGUCUGCGAACGCAGUCAUCAAGGAGCAUAUUUCGCUGCUGCACGGCUACAACGAAAUCAAGGACAUUGGACAGGGUCUGCUAGGGUUGGUGGCAGAGAAGCGAGGUGUGAGAGUGAAGGACAUCAUGGAGGAGUUCGGUGUUGGCAUUAAUGACUGA